AUGGCCCCGCCCUACUCCACCCUGCCCAACACCCGCCCCAGAAUAUCAUCGCCCCUCACCUGCGAGCUGACGUUCGCCCGCCAGCCAGACCACCUCCUCAUCGGCCACCCUAAUAAUGCCCAGCAGCAGCCCCAGCCUGGCCAGCCAACCCGCACCCUGCUCCUCUGCUCGGCUAUCGACGCCCUCCUCUUCAUCCACCUCGCUCUCCAGGCCUCCCGCGCGAGCAACAUCACCAAGCCCUCGUCGACCCACCAACCCAGGAAACCCACCUCCUCGUUCAGGCAAUCCAACAAGGCUCGCUACCAACACCUCAUGAACCCCUUCUAG